AUGGCUAUGAGGACAUGUACGGUGUGGUUAGCUGCCGUUACCGUAGUUUAUGGGGCGAGCCCAUUGGGUACCAUCACGAAGAAUAUGCCUCGACUACAAGCUCAGAUUGAAAAAUUGGAACCAUGUCCAGAGCCCAAGUCAUCCCCGAUAGAGUUCAAGAACCUCAUGAUCAGCAAAAGUGGGUUCAACAAAUACGAGCUUAGUGGCAAAAUUAACAUCAAAGAAAAAUUCGACAAACCGAUCACAAUAGUGAUGGAGAUGUACCGGUGCAAGUCUAAAGAAGACCCCUCAUCUUGCGAGUAUUAUUUCACAUUUAAGAAAGCCAACAUCUGUGAUCUACUAAAGCGCAACGAAAACUCCUUUGACUACUUUACUAACGGCACCGACCUUCCUACCACCUGCCCGUUCCGUCCGAAAGAAUACACGAUUGAUGGGUCAACUGUGGAUCUUCAAAAGAUCAACUUUGUUCCUUUCUUCCAGUCGUACUGGCGACUUAAAAACAAGGCCUAUAUGAAGGAGAAAUUGAUGUUUUGUCUCGUUUCAGAGUUUGCUCUGCAAAUGGUCAAACCAUAGUGACUAUCAAAAAGGAACUCAAAUCUUUCUUGUCGAAAAUUACCAUUGAAUACAGAUUGUUUGGAAUGCA